AUUACAAAUACAAUACACCUUCAAAUUUUAACUGUAUAAUAGUGGAUGUUAAAAAAAUAAUUCUUUGCUGUUGCACUGAUGCUGUUGGCUGUUUAACAGGUUGUUCAGCGUCUGUGCGUGUCAAAUUUUAAUUAGGCAUUAGAUUUUUAAUAGAUAAUUAUUGCAGUGUACUUCACAUGCUGUGUCCUCUAUAAUUAGUUCAUUUUCUCUGAUGUUUUAUUUUAUCCUUAUACAGUUGUUCUGGCAGUAUAUUCACAUAAAUUGAGCACUGAUCGAUAGUGUAAAGCUUCCCUCCUUCACCAGUGAGGAAUUUAGGUUGCGUCAUCUAAAAUAGAUUUAGAUUUCUGUAAAUUCAACAUAAAUCAGCAUUAUUUUUUGACAACUGAAGGUUAAUUUACAAUAAUUGUAGUCUAUAGCAAUAUAUGAAACCCUAUAUGUUCAAUAAAAGACAAAUUAAAUUAAUAUUUUAAAAAUCCAAUGCACCAAUAAAAGCUGAAUAAUGAAUUAUAUAUAUAAAUAGUAUUUCUUAGCAGCUGCAGAUUUAUCCCAUUAUUUUUCUUUGCUCUGAGCUAAUUAUCGAGAAGUCAGUCUGUUUAGAAUGAGAAGAUGCUGCAGGCACCACUCCUCCUCUUACUGGCACUGUUGAAUGAGACAAACCAAAUGUAUGCAGAACCAUGAAAACAUUUGUAUUGCAACACUAAUUUUAAAUGCAUUUUCAGUUAAAGCAAUGAAAUAUUUUUUUAGCAUAUCAGAUGAACUGGGAAAUUAAACCCAUUAUUUUUAUUACAUGUACUUCAGGUGUGGAAUUUAAAGACUGUUUCUAUUGAACAUCCUUCUAGUUCUCAACCACCUGCCUACCAUGAACCUCUCAGUGCAGAUGUCAUUCCUCUUAAGCUGUAAUGUCAGCCCAAGUGAGAUGCCACAACUCAGCAUUGGUGUCACCAAAAGUGAGCCGCUGACAAUUGCUGUACCCAUGACCAUCUUCUACAGCAUCAUCUUCCUGUUUGGAGUCUUAUUCAAUGGUGUCAGCAUGCUGACCCUGCUCAUGGAUGCUCAUAUGAGAGUUAGCGCCAUCCGCUUCUACCUGCUCAGCUUGGUCAUAUCAGAUGUUCUGCAGUUGCUUACCAUCCCGGUAACUUUGUAUCGGUAUUACUGGGAAAGCUACCCGUGGCGUCUGGGCCAAGCAGCAUGUAAGGUCUACUUUAUGGUCCGCCAAGUGUAUUGUGCCACCACAAGCUGGGUAAUUAUGACCUUCACAACUGAGCGCUAUGCAGCCAUUUGCCACACCAUGUGGUCUGUCUCCAGCCUGAAGAAGUCUAGACUGCCAUGUCUUCUCUUUGUAUGGGUCAUUUCUUUGGCUUCUGCAGUGCCCUUUGCUCUAGUAUAUGACCAGGCACGUGCCUGCAUCCUGGACUACACAGCCACCACACAAGAAGAUGCCUUCCAUGUCUCCACUAUGUGUGAGAUGACAGAGCCUGAUCCUGCACACAUCUAUAAAGGGGCUUUACUCCUCAGAGCAGGGUUCUUCUUUCUGGUCCCGCUAGUCAUCAUCUUUACUCUCCAUCUACUCAUCUUGCUCUACCUAAAGAGGAACGGACGACAAAGAAGAAACAUGGGUCUCACACGGCCAAAUCCAGAAGGACGACGAGAUAUCCAGUGCCAUCAAAAUGGAAAACUACUUUUGAAUGAAAAGAGAGCUCUAAAACUCAUGGGUGUAGUUGUGGUGGCCUUUUUUGUUUGCAACUUCCCAGACAUUGCCUCAUCACUCAUGCAGGUCUAUGUGGUCGUGUGGUCUGACACCAUCCUUUCGCUCUACACGAUUCUGAAAUCCUAUUUGUCACUUCCCCUGUGGUAUAUCAAUGGAGCUUUAGACCCACUGUUGUUUUGUAUGUCCUCCCGCACAUUUCGCACGGCGUGCUGUAGAACUCUGGGUCGGCUCAGGCCUCACUGUUACUGGAAGUAUGGGAACAUGUCUUGGCUGCAACCGAGAAGUUCUAGUGAUGAAGCAAGCACGAUAGCCAGAGAAAGGACUGACUCUAAAUACAAUAAAGAGAAGAUGGACAAAAAGAGUAAUCCAGUCACUGACAAACAAAGUCAGAGGGUAGACCUCUGAAUCAUGAGUGUUUUUGUCUCAGACUAUUAAGGACUAGGACAAUCCCAAAUUAUCACCCUGUCAUAAAAAACUAAAUAUAGACUACUAUCUUUAUACAACUGAAAUGAAAUACAGUUCGGAUAAAUUUUGUUACUGCAGAAGUUACCACAAAUGUGUUGUUUAUGCUUUCUUUUACUGUUCAUCUGGAAAGUCUGGACCAUGUGCUGGCCAUUCCAUUAUUUAAAGCUUAUUAUUUGCAUCAGUUUUCAAGGCUUAAUUUACUUCCACUGCUGCAGAAUAGAUAGAUGUUAAUCUAUUACCUGAUCCCUGAAAAGGACCCGUUUUGUAUUAAAUUAAUACACAUUUUGAGUUUUUGGUGACUUUAUUUUGUUUUACAUCUGGCAGUUUACUUUUUAGCUUUGUACCAUAUAAGGUUAUUCACUGGAUUUGAGCUGUUUAAAGCUGUUUGAAAAAUGGGGGUGUUCUAAAUCUAUUGACCGGUAAUGUACAUGUAUAUUUGUGCUAAUGCUCCCUAUUUCCCUAAUAUUUUUCCUUUUAUUGCCUUUAGACUAUAUCAGAUAUGAACUACACCUGAUGCCAUGUCCAAUUUUGUAAAUAUUGUAAAAUGUAUUAUUCCAUCAGGUAACAUUUCUUUCAAAUACUUUGAGCUCGACCUAUAUGUUUAGUGCUUUACAGGUUCCAUUACUGUGAAACAUGUGAAGACAUUCAAUAUUGGACAUUGGUCAUUUUUAUAUUAAGCAUGAUACCACAUUUUUAAAAUGACCCAACAAGUUACAGUACAAUGCUGUAGUACCUAUUAUUUGUUGUUCUUAUGCCGUUGACUUUGAAUUACAUGUUGUUAAAUUAUGAAUGUACAUGUGACAUACACAGUAUAUUCACUUUCCAGUCCAUAGAACACAAAGGAUGGACAACAUGGUUUGAAGAUCUGUGGUCCUUGCAAUAGCCUGUAUUUGUCAAAUAGCACCCCGAAUGAGUCACAAACAUGUUGCUUUCUGACAGUGUUGCUCGAAAUAAUGUGCUGUAUUUUAUUCUAGCAAAAAACUGCUUUGUGCUGAUUGAAUUUACAGCUAUAUUGGAAAAAAAUUCUAUACUUCUGUUAAUCUUACUGUAUUUUGUGUGUAAAAUAAAUAUGAUUUUGCCAAAUAUCUGACUCUG